CACAUCAAUUUGUCUACAACAAAGCCACAAGUAGGUAGGUAUGUAAACUUAAAUCAUACGUAGGUAUAUAAAAAACUGGCUAUAACGUACCGGUCAAACAGCUUCCCCGAUUAAAAUAAACAUCUCUAGUUUAGUUGACCGACAGAUGUGCUAAAAAAUGCACAUAGUUUUUGCCGCCGGAAAAAAGAGACUGUUUUUUUAAUUUCGCAGUCCAAAACGCGUGCAGUGGUCUUAGUUUUAAAGUGCCUGUGAUAGUGUUGUGGAGUGUUUUUUGGAUUGUAUUGUGUUUAAGUUAGUUAUAAGAACAAUGUCCCUACCCUGGCUGCUCCUCCUGGUGACCCUGGCCCGCAGCCAGACCAUCGACCAGGGCGUGCUGAACGACAUCUUCGGCCCUCCGCCCACCACUGGGGAUGUUAACACCACGCCAAGGCUUGAGGAUCUCACAGUGAAGCCCACAGAAGGCAUAUCCACAUUCGUAGACGGGUCCGGGGCGGAGUGCCAGUGCGUGCCCUACUACCUGUGCGACGCGGCGCUGCAGGGGGUGCAGGCCAACAACGAGUCCGUGACGGGGUGGGGGCAGCUGGACAUCAGACUAGGCGACAACCACGAGUGCCAAGAGAGCGUGGAGCAGUGCUGCACGGCCGUGCUGCCCGCCCCGCGCCCCGCGCCCACCCCCGCGCCCGCCCCGCGCGGCUGCGGGGUGAGGAAUGUUGGUGGGAUAGAUUUCACUGUUACUGGGGGUUCGGGUCUAGAAGCCGGCUUCGGCGAGUACCCCUGGGUGGUGGCGCUCCUGGACUCGGCGGACCAGUACGUCGGCGUGGGGGUGCUCGUAGACACGGAGGUGGUACUGACUGGCGCGCAUGUUGUUGCCAAAUACCCCCCCUCCUCUCUGAAGAUCCGGGCGGGCGAGUGGGACACGCAGACCAGCAAGGAGCGGUUACCACACCAGGAGCGAGGGGUGCGCGAAAUGGUGAUACAUGAAGACUUCCGUCCCAAGAGUCUCUGGAACGACGUGGCGCUCCUCCGUCUCUCCGAGCCCGUGGUCCCGGACCAACACAUCGACGUCAUCUGCCUGCCGGACCCGGGCGAGAGCUUCGAGGGGAGGCAAGACUGCGUGGCUAACGGGUGGGGGAGGCAGCUGUUUGGUCAAGCGGGCCGCUACGCCGUCAUCCUCAAACGAGUAGUCGUCAACAUGGUGCCGUCAGCGCGGUGCCAGCAGCAGCUGCAGCGCACGCGGCUCGGCCCGCGCUUCACGCUGCACCGCAGCUUCGUGUGCGCCGGCGGGGAGGAGGGGAGGGACACUUGUCAGGGUGACGGUGGGGCGCCCCUAGCCUGUCCCGUGGGAGACCGCUACCGCCUCGCCGGGCUGGUGGCGUGGGGCAUCGGUUGUGGACAGAAGGAUGUUCCCGCGGUUUACGCCAACGUCGCCAUGUUUAGAAAUUGGAUCGACAACAAGAUGGCCGCCUGGGGACGCGGCUGAUGCUAAUCUG